AGUAGCCUGUCUCACAUCUAUAUUUGGUGCAGAGUGCAUACUCCACUGUGCUAACACACCACAUCAGGAAGGAAUUUCAAAUGCUCCCAAGGAAUUUAGCAACAAAAGUCCUGUUGGCUUUCCUUACAUGCAUGGGCAAGGGAGCAUACUAAUCUUUCGUAAUAAACUGUUCUCUUUCUGCUGCUGCUGCUGCUGGAACCUGAAAAACGGACUGAUGAACUCUCUAAUGUCUCUUCGCUCUCCUGACAGAGUUGAAUACACUGGGCCACCGUCUUCUCUUUUGACAAGCUGACUGAUGUGUGUGCCACCUGAGAGCUGUUAAAACAGCUUCACUUUUGCAUUCAUCAGAGUAGAGCUCCAUAGGCAUUUGUUUUGGACAACACCCAGUGAGGCAGAAAUGUUGAGCUUUGCCGGGGGUGAUGAUGGGCAGUAGCAAAUGGAAGAUAUUUCUCCCUCCUGAUGCAGAUAGCCUGCCUGUUUCUGGGUGCUACCAGGAUUGUUGGUUGUUUGGUUCAGACAGAGGAAAAAAUGACAGAUAGACUAAUCAGUGUUAGCUGAGCUGUUUCACUGAAUGAAUCCAAGCGACUCUGGUGCUUUCUGAAAUGAACAGUGGACCUUGCAAGAGCAUUUCAAGUCUGCUUUAAUGUAUGAAGUCCCAUUGUCAAACACAAUGUCAGAUGAAGCCAGUUCGGAGCAGAAACCUUCUACAACAACGGUCAGUUCAGUUGCUGUUCAGGCUGGGGAUGCCAGUAUUGUCAUAGCUGUACUUAAGUGUGGAAAAUGGGUGAAGCUUCAGCUGGCUGAAUCAACACCAAAUAUAUUAGAAAUUGGCAGCAAUCAGGAUGAGACUAAAAAACUACUGCAAGAUCAUGAAUUCCUCCUAUCUAAGCUGAAGGCCUUGGAAGAGCAGGUGUGGGAUCUGCUGCAUGAAGCAGACAAGGUUGCAGAAGGGAACAAAGAAAAGAGCCAGAUUUAUGAUGCUAUGGCAGAGACCCUUGGGGAUUCAUGGGAUGCCCUCAUCAUUAUGUUAGAGAAGCGACAGGCACUUCUGGAACUUACUACAGUGUUCUUUGAAAAUGCUCUAGAGUUUGCUGUUAAAAUUGACCAAGUUGAAGAUUUCCUGAAAAAUGCUCAAGAGUUUAACAAUAUUGACUCUUUGAGAGAACUUCUUCUGCAACAAGACCAUCAUACAAAAGAACUUUUGGAGAAGUCAUUUGCACUUUUAAACAAAAGCCAAGAGCUAACUGAAUUCAUAGAAGAAUUCAAGUGUGAGGGGCCAAAUGCAAAUCCGGAGAUGAUUCAGGGAGCCCACAGCAGCUGCUUGAAAAUUGACAAUCUCCUUGAAAUGCUACAAGACAGGAGACGGCACCUGAAUAAAUUUCUUAAACAUCAGCGCCAAGGACUGGAGCAAGUUCUGCAAAUUUGUUUGUGGCACCAACAAGAGAACCAGGUAACAUCUUGGUAUACGAAAAACAUCAGGGAUUACUUUCAGAAGCAAAACUUAGGCUCAUCUCUAUUGGAAAAUGAAGAGUUACUUCAAGAGCUUGAAGAAAUGGAAGUCAAAGUGAAAGAAUGGAAUUCCACUGUGGAACAACUGGAAAGUGAAGCUUUUAGGAUCUUGCUUUCAGAGGACUAUACAGAAAAAGAACAACUAAAACUUUCAAAUCAGAAAAUCUGUUUGUUACGAGAAGAAGUGUGCUUCCAUAUGGAAGAAAGGAAAGCCCUGCUGCAAGAGGCCAAUGACUUUUUUCAUGCUGCUGACAAGGUACUUGAUGGUCUUGAAGGUAUCGAGAAUUAUCGUAAAAUCUCUAACUCAGAAGGCUUAUGUUUUCCUACCUUGACAACGAAGUAUGAGGAAUUACAGGAAGCAAUUAAAGGUUGCACAGUGACUACCAUGCAAAAGGGACAAACUUUAGUUAAUAAAGCAGAUUCUCACAGCUCUUGGGUAACAGGAAUUCAGAAAAUGAUGGAAUAUGUUCAAAAAAAAGUAGAUCAAUUAAUCAGGCAGUGUCCAGAUUAUAAAGAACUUGCUUUGAAGAAACAACGAUGGACUGCCUCACUUGAAGAUCAUCUAAAUAAGGUGUCGCACUCGGUUAAAAAAAUCACCCUGAUGCUUGCAGUUGGUUCGGAGAUUGGCUCGUAUUUGUGUGAGGCUGAAAGAGUUUUGAACAAACACCUUGAACUGGCUAAACAAACAAAGGAAACUUGGUAUGAACUGGAAGCAGCUGAGGGAAUCAUCAAAGAUAUGGAAGAGUUGGAACCUGAGCAGGUGGCAGCUUUUUCUAGCAGAACUGAACUUCUGAGUAAAGAGCUGAAAAAAAUUGAAAAAAAUAUUAGUUCAAUACUAGAAAUUCUAGAAACUUAUGUGGCCUUUUUAAAGUCAGCUGUAGAGGUGAAUGAUAGUAUCAAAAACCUGAAGGAAUUCUAUAAAUCAAAACAACUGCAGACAAAUAGAGAGGCUGAAAAUAAAAUUGCCAUGGAGUCAGCUAAUACUCAGUGGCAAAAGACUAUAAAGAAGAUUUUUUCCACAGAAAAUAUGGGUUACUAUUUUCUUAAUUUAGUAAAUGUGGUAAUUGAGUGUUUAAUAUUGAAAGUAGAAAAAUCUGUACAAGUAACAGAAGAUAUCAUUUUUAAUCUGAAUAAAGAAAGGAAAGAGCUGACUGAACUUUGGGCAAUCUGGAAUUUUAAAAUUACUCAAGUAAAACCCAUCAAGCAACAGUGCCAGAUAUUUAAAGAACAACUAAAAAUUACUACCUGUGGAUUAGAGAUUCUUCAAGAGGCUCUCCAGCUUGCAGCACCAGUUGACCUUGGAAGUGACCUUUUAAUUGUUUUGGAACUACAGAAAAAGAUGAACCAAAUGAAACCACAGUUUCAGCAACUGAAUGCUGAGCUUGAGUACCUGAUAAAAUUAUUAGAAUUGCCAAGCCAGAAAGGAUUUCCUGUGAAAGAGAACUCUGAAAGAAUAAGUGAGCUUAUUCAUUUCCAUCAAACAGUAAAGGAUGCAAUGAUAGAAUAUGAGGAGAUUUUCAACAAGACAGUCAAAUUCCAUCACAUUAAAAAAGAACUGGAAUGUCUAUCAAAAUCAGGAGAACUGGAUAUUCCUGAAAUAUGUGAGGACCCUGAAAAUGUGCACCAUGCUGAAGCCUACCUUGUGAAUUCUCAGGAGAAACAUGCACGUAUUAGACAGCUAUAUAAACUACUUAUUACCCAGGGAGUGGAUAUCUUGUCUGCAGUGCAGCAGUGUAAUUGCUUGAAUGUUUCUGUAAAGAAUCUGAAGCAAGAACUUGCUAGAUUUGAGUGUGAUAGCAUUAACUGGAACUCCAAAGCUGAUAAGUAUGAGGAAGAACUGUCACAGCAUUUCCAACACUGCACCACUCAAGAGGAGAUAAAUGAGCUCAAAGAAUCGUUUAAAGAUCUCAAAAAGAAGUUCAACAAUUUGAAGUUCAACUAUAUGAAGAAAACUGAAAAAGCUCGAAAUUUGAAAGUACUUAAAAUACAGAUUCAGCAAGUUGAUACAUAUGCAGAGAAAACACAGGUUCUUAAGAAGAAGAUGGAUAAUUUAGAGAAGCACAUCCUUGACUCUUUUGCAAAUAAACCUAAUGCUAAAGUUAGAGUCCUCUUGGGAUCAAUCAGUGACUUACAAAAACAACUGAAUGACUUUAGCAUGGUUGUGGAAGAUUACAAGCAAAAUCUGGAUCUAGUGGAGCAAUUGCAACAGAUGAUGAAAGAGUGUCAAUUUUGGUUUGAAGAUGUGAGUGCAACAGUGAUUAGAGUUGGCGAAUAUUCUGCAGAAUGCAAAACAAGAGAAGCAAUAGAGACACUCUAUAAGCAAUUCAAUAAGUUUCUUGAGCCUACAGUGCCUCAACAAGAAGAAAAAAUUCAGCAGAUUAUGGACCUUGCUAAACAGCUAUAUGGUAUUGAAGAAGGAAAGAAGCAUGUUGAAAAAACUGUAUUGAAGUACAAAGAAAUCAUUAAUUCUGUUGAAGAGUUGUGUACAUCUCUGAGAGAACUUAAGGAGAUAAAGAAAGUUGAGUUUUCUGAAGAGUUGGUUACUAUUAAAAAAGAAGAAAUAAAUGGUCAAGAAGCAUGUGAGACUGUUAAAGACAAAAUUGUGGAGCAAAAGCAGCAGAUGGUGUCAGGUGAAUUGCUUACAAAUUCAGAAAGCAUUGCUGAGAAGAGAAGCAAUACUCUGUCUCCUACCAACACUAAACAGGAGAGGAAUAUAUUAGCUGAUAUUCCAGUUAUCUGUCCAGCUGGUGAGGAUCUUAUUUCACAGGAUACAGAGCUGUCAUCUUCAGCCAAAGAGGAUAGUUUACAGACUGGAUUCCUGACAGAAGAAAUACUCUCCGGAGAUGAAUAUGAAUGUAUAUCACCUGAUGAUAUCUCUUUGCCACCACUUUCUGAGACACCAGAAUCCAACCUCUUACAUUCUGAAACAGAGCUAGAAGAUCAGUGCUGUUGUAGUUCUCAUAGUCUGCAUGUCAGCUCCUAUAGCUUGCAAAUGCAGAAAACCACUAGUAUGAAAAAAAUGGUGGAAGUGUCUGAUCUCUUAACAAGUUCUGCUUUUGCUGAUGUUACAAUUAAUAGAAUAGAAAGCCCAUCGGAUCACUCUGAGAAGUUUUGUAUCUCUCUAACAGAUUCUGAUGCAAAAGCCAGAGUGGUAUCUCCUUUGACUUGCAGGAAUAUCUUGGAAGGAAUAUCUGAAACUAGCACUGCUUCUUGCACUAUAAAAGCCAAACCAGUAUUUAGCACGAUGAGUGAAGUGUGCAAAACACAUUUACAACACCUUGAACUUCACAAAAGCAUGGCAGAAUCACAAGAACAAUCGCAUGACUUCAAUAACUGUACUAAAACCCGGGACAGGCUGCAUGCUUUGCCUGAUGCAUUCUCAGGUUUCGUGUUUCAAUCAGACGCCACCAGAAGCUGUCAGAGGCAGAUGGUUACCCGAGAAGAGAUUAAAAGUUCAUCAGAAAAGAACAGCAUGGCCAGCCUAACUGGACAGGCGCCUAAUUUCUCCCAGAUUCUGUCUAACAAAAGCGUCAUGGAAGGUUCUCCAGUAACUUUGGAAGUAGAAGUAACGGGAUUCCCAGAGCCUACAUUGACAUGGUACAAGGAGGGCCAGAAACUGACUGCAGAUGAGCACUUAAAGCUUUUACAAAAGGAGACAAAGCAUACUUUGUUCAUUCAGAAGGUGUGUGAUAAAGAUGCUGGCCUCUAUGUUGUUCGGGCUAAAAAUUUGAACGGCACUAUCUCAUCCAGUGCCAUUCUUCACGUGAAAGGUAACAGGCCACCUAUUACAAGAAUAGACUGGAUAAUGCUGUGUGUCAUCUAUAUUAGUGUAUCACUAAUGUACUGGCUAUUCACGAAAUAAGUACAUUAUCGACUGCACCAGAGUUAAUUCUCACAUGCUAAGACAACAUUGAUUUUCUUACACUGCAUCUUUCACAGUAUGUACAAAACCACUUUGAUGGCACAAUGGAUAUAUUACUUGUUAUUAGUAUUAUGUGCUUGUUUUACUUUCUCAGAGUGAUGUUGACAUAAAAAAAGUUAUGAAGAUUUUCUAGAAUCUGAGGCUGAGUUUUGCUUUCUGAAUCUGAGGCUGAGUUUCGCUUUCUAAAAUUGUUGGCAUUGCAAAGUGUUGGAAACAGUUGUAGGUUUUGAAUGUCGAUAUACACCCAGGUAGUGUUCCAAUUGAUGUAUAUUUUAUGAUUUUUUUUUUUAAACAUAGACUAUAUUAUUUCCAACCAUGUUAUUUUCUCAUAUACUUUAAAAAAAUAAUUGUAGGCUAAAGCUUCUUACCACUCAUGGUGAACUGACGUAGAUCAGAUUUAAAUCUGUCUCAGCCCAGCACACAGUCUCCACAAAGGAAAGGUGCAGCAGUUUCAGUAGAGUUGUGAUUGUGCUACAGAAUUGACCCAGAAUCCUCAGGAUUUGUGUAAGUGGCAUCUAACACACAGUAGACCAAACGUUUACAAAAUGAAAUGUUCCAACGUACCAGUCAGCUUAAGUAGAUGGCUGAUCCUUGCUCGGCCUUCUAAUAAAAUUAAAGAUACACAUAUUUCUAAUAAUCCUCUAAAUGGUUAGUAUAAGACAAGAAAGUUACUAAUUUAUGCAGUGAGCAUAUGUGCAGGUUUAAAAUUUUUAACACACUGAUUUCAAGCAAAAUCAACCAAAUUGAGGGAAUAUUCAAAAGUGUAUUCAAAUUUUAAAAAAAUAAAGGAUUUGUCAAAUAUAAUUCUCCUAAAUGUCAAAGCAGUAAAUCCAAACCGAACUUUGUUUGCCUACAAGUUGCAUUUCAUUCUUGACAAGGACAACCACAACUAUUCUUUUUUAAUUAAAGUUCUAAUUUGUUUAAAUAUUGCAUAAAAAUGACUUAACAGUGCCAAGGGAAGACUUAAUUUAUAAAUCCUCCAAUAUAACUUAAUUCUUUAACUUCAGUAUUUGUUGUAUUUGUGCAGUAAAAAGAGUUGAUAAACAGCUACAUGAUUUUUCCUACAUCUUUUGCUUCCAGCUUUUAUGUUACAACAACAUUGGUAUGGAAAAUUUAUAGAGAGGAAAUAUUUACCUCUUGCGUAAUUUCCUGGAAUGAAGUAAACCUUUUACUGUGUAGCAUGCUAUGAGCAGAAUAUAUAUUGCAAAUUGCCAGAGGUCAGUGAGAUGGAAGACUGACAUUUAAACAUUUUGUCCCAGUGACUGCAACUUUAUUAAAAUUCUUGUUACUUUGAAAAAGAAGUUCCCAAGAUGAUAUAACUUCACAGCAAUAUGAGAGGGAGCAGGAGGAGGAGUUGGUGAACAGGUGGGGGUACAAAUAAAUUCUAACUAAAAUUGAUACUACGUUUAAUGAACCACUUUCUAAGUUCCAUCAUAUCCAAAAAAUGUAGAUUUAUAAGAAUUUUCUUAGGUAUAAAAAUCACCUGUUUUCCUAAAGUGUAUUUGUCAUUUCACAAUAAAGCUAAUUUUAAUGAUUAAUACGAUUUUGAAUUUUUCAGUUACCAUAAAAAUAAAAUGUGACUUUAUGUAUGGUUGUUAUAAACAUGCGGCAAAGAACUUAUGUGACCAAGCUGACUUGCAUAAAUGGUACAUUAAGCAAUAUUUUGCUGUAAGGUUUUGCCUUCUACAGAGCUACCAGUGCUUGACAAUUCUAUCCUGUUCUUGUAGCAUUCAUUUUCUGUUUUGAAAGAUGAGCCUUCUAGGUCACGGCUGCCCUUCAAUCCUCUGUUUUUACUGAGAGUUGCCAUCAUUCAAAAAUUAAGUGACCAUGGGUGUUCUUUUGACAUAUUCUAAGUACCUUUAUGUAAUAGUCAGCUCACUUUUGAGAAUGUUGUAAUUUUUGCAUGUCAGUUAUUAUAAUUAUUAAAUGCAAAAAGGUAUAAAUAUAAGGCCAGAAAUUGCCAUAGCACAUCUUUAGAUCUUAAUAACUCAUUGUAGAAGCACAUAAUACCCUUGUUUGGUAAACCUUUUCUCUGAGAAUUUGAACAUUUCUGUGAAUUUUACAUUAACAAAAUUUGAUUUUUGUGAGUAUGAUAUUACAUCUGUUUUCAAACAGGAAUAGUUUUAAAUGGACAAUUUUUAAUGGAUUGAGUGGAUACCAGCCACAUUUUUAAUUGCUGGAAGAAACAAGAUUUUAAAAAGAGUGAUUAGAGGGACAAGAGGCACAGCAGGACACUGAAAGUCUCCUGGUUUUAAUGCUUUGCUUUGUAAACGAAGAUGUACUCAACACUGAUUACUGCUGUGUUGGCAGUCUGGGUUUAAAUGCUCUUUAUUUAAGGACUCUAAUGAAUAACCAAAAAGAAAUUUCCUGGGAAAUUCCUGCUGUUUUCUGUUCAGAUAAUCUAAAAAAAAAAAAAAAAGAAAAAAAGAAUGACAGUGAUGUAGUCUCAUGAAGCACUAAUAUUUCUCUGAAGGAAAAGAACACUCAUUCUGUUUCAGCAGUAAUUUUAACAUAAUGCUUUCCCCCCUCGUGGUUUAUUUUCUAGUUCAUGUUAUGCAUGCUUCUCUUCCUCCUUCUUUUAACGAUUAUGUAGAAGCAGGGAAUACACGUAGGUAUGUUGUCUUGGUUCUUUCUUGUUUUAUAGUGCUAAUUUCGCCUCUUCACAGUCACAGUUUCAAACCUAUAUUUACCUCCAGACCCCAAAAUGUUUACAUCUUCCUGAUUACUUUUUUAUAGAGCAGAUUUAAGUCUCGGUCCCUCCAUACUCACAAGAAAGACAUUAGGCAUAUAACUAGGCUACACUCCCCUCCUCCUUCCACAUAUGCAGACACCCAUUAAGAAAGUGGUGAAAGAUGCUGCCUGACUACAAGAUGUGGAGUCGUGUGAAGGGGUGUUUGCACAAGGUGCGUAAAUUUGAAGGGGAAAAGGGAUUAAUUAUUUUCAUUUUUCAAGAGAAGCAGCCUGUCUGAGGGCCCAGGUUUGAGUCAGUAGGCAAAGGAAGGAUAAGCCAUUAUGUGGUUCGCUUUGGAUCAGAUGUGGCUGGAGCUGCAAUGGAGAAGGUGACUUCCUCUCAAAUGACUGGUAAGGUAUACCAACUUCUGGACCUUUCUCUGGAGACUUUUCUAGGGUAAGCUAAUAAUUUUUGUGUAUGUAUUAUCUUUUGUGGUCCAGAGGAACUGUGUCUUUAAAAAUUAUUGCCAAGACUUUAAAGAGGCUACAUAUGGUAUUCAAGGAGACUGGAGCUCUGAAUUAUGGAUACUUCAGAUCAGUCGGGUCAUGAGACCCACUGCAUAUUCCUUAAUAAAAGGAUCCUUCUGUUUGUGUUAAGAGCUUGACUGAGACAAAAUCUCUAAAUUAUGAAAUGCAAUGUCUUAAUUUAGAGCCAUACUGAGAAAAUCGAAAGUCUCUGAUCAGCAUGGGGGCAUCUGCCUAACCUAAACUUUUAGAGGAGACAGGGGAAGUUGAUAAAAUUGCUAAUAUCACAAUUCAAGACAUCAGAGAUUGGAAAUUACAUGCCUAGAAAAAAAUGAUUAAGAAUAACUCUGAAGCAAAUUAAUAAAAAUAAAGGCAGCUGAAAACAAUUUGGCUUGACUUGGUACUACGUGUGUGUGAGAGAGACUUGGGCAGGGGUGAAAUCUAUGUGAUAAAGACAGAUGCAGGUGAUCUCUCCAUGUGCAGUUUUUGCAUUGCUCCAUGUGGAUUAGUUUUCCAUGCUGAUUCCCCAAUUUGCAGCAGAACUCUACUGGUUCCUACAAAUAACUCAUGUAAUAUUUAAUAUUUGACAAACUUAUUGUCUGAAGCCAUAAGAAUGGGAUUUCAGUGCACUGUCUACCUGAUUUUUUUUUUCCCCAAAAUGCAGGAAAGGGUCUGUUCUUUCUAGCCUUUGUGGAUUCAUGGGAUGUCCAGCCAAGAAAUAAUUUGUAAUUGACAAGUUGUCUUAAGUUAUUCUGAGGCUUUGUUAUGAUAUCAUGGGAAAACCAUGGUGCAGUAUAACCAUCCAUUCUAUUUUGAAGGUUGCUGUCAGAGAAUGAACGGUUCUUUUAGCAGACUUUGUUUCCAUGUUGAGUACAAGCCCAUGCCUGAAAGAGUUAUAGAAACUGUCGCUUCAUGGCUUUAUUUGCGUAUACUUUUCCCUUCGCUCUCUAGAAAAUGGUUAUUUUAGUUUUUAUGUUCUGGUGCCUUGUUGAUAUAAAGUCAAGUGGGCUCUGAUCAUUAUCGCUAUCACCAUUCUACCCAGAUUUUUUUCAAUGGUGAAAACCAUCCUGGUAUGAGACACAACCUGACUUCACAAGGUAAUGCAAACAACAUAAGUAAUGGAAUCCAGCCAAAAUUAUCACAAGGAGUGGCUGAUGCUCACUUAAUGUUUUCCACUGGAAUAUAAGCUAAUCAUGCUCUGUUUUUGACCUACUGCCAGCUGCCUGCAGAGAGUAGUCAGGGGUGUAAGUUCGGUUGUCUUGCUUGAAAGGAAGCUGCAGAUCUCAAAUUUCUGUGCUUCAGGUGCAUGCAAUGCAAGGGUGUCCAAGCAACUUGGACAUGCUAACUUUCAACAACUAAGAACUGAAUUGUUUGAGCUGCUGGGAUUGGCUAAUACAGACCUUAGGUUAGCACAAGUAUGGGAGAGUAAAACUUAUAUUCUUCUGCUUUUCAUUGUGGCCUCAAUCCUGUAGUAUCUGGAAAAAAACAGAAAAGCAGCUAAGCUUGGAAGCUUAUUGCAAGUAAGAGCUCACCUAAGCAGUGGACUUAAUACAGUGCCCCAAAAUGUCUGCCUCACCAUGCCAGCAGGCCCAUCUGGCAAAAAUAGCCUUGAGCUCAAUAUAUUUAGGGUUAGAAGUUUAUGGGCACCUGCAUGAGAUAUGCUGACUUUUGUUUCAUAAUAGCACAAAGAAAAAAAAUUUCUUCAUGGAAGAGUGGAUGGAGUAAUGCUGGCAUAGCAGUUUCAAACAUUUAGCACACAUUUCAGUAACUUCCUGUUUCUGAGAAGGGCAGUGAUAACUUGUGUUAAAUAUUAUGGAAACAUGCCACAAUUUAUAUUAACAAGGAAGAAGGACAUGCUUUAUGUUAUAGGAAUACAAAAUGUUCAUUUUUUUUGUAGUGUAUGUCUUUGUGUGUUCUUCUGUAUGUUAACAUGUUACUUCAUAUUCUCUGUGUCAAGAAUACUAAAUCUGAAUUCUGAGGUUGUUUUCUUUUUUACUGUGGCCCUGGAGGUAGAAUGUAAGUGGAACUUCAGGUAGUAGUACAGUGAUUCAGUAAGUCUAGCUUUACAACUAUUAGGUUACAAGUCACAGUGAGCAAGGCUUUUAUUCAGUACAAACUGAUGGUGAUCAUUGAAAUUUCAUCAAACAGUUUUGAUGGGUUAAUUUUUGUUGCUCAGGCCUUGUACUGGCUCAGAUGCCAUCUGUCCUUCCACAGCUGGCAUGAAGCUAGCACGAAAUCAAUCUCAUGUGCUUUGGGUGUUACAGUAGAAAAGCCAUUAUUUGCCUUGAUCUGAAUCAGAUUUGUAUUGGAUGAUCUGGUACAUGGUUUCAGCGUUAAUGACGGCCAAUGACCAGUUAAUGAUCUUGGUCAAAGUAGUAGAGGUGUCACAUUCUGACCUUCAUGUUGUUACAAAUAUAGAUCAGUUUUCUUAUUUUUCAAUAAAAUUUUUUUAACUAAAAUAAUAGGGGGGGAAGUGAAGAAAGAGCAUGAUGUACAACAAUGCACUAAGUGCAAAAUUUUGCUCUCAUGACUUUGUAACUUUAGAUUUGUGUGGAGUAUUAACUCUUCCACCUUUACUGAAACAUAAUAAUCCACAUAGACUUGCCUACUACCUACACAAAGAACAUGAUUUAGCAUUUCUAUGAAUCUAAUAUCACUAUGCUGAUGCAUGAAAUUUUUGGGUGUUUAAUAUUCAUAUUUUCCAACAAACAUUAUAUUAGAUAGAUAAAUUGUGUCUGCCUAUUAGUUGCCUACUGUCUUGCAAACAAGUUGUCCUGAGUUCCAGGCAUCAAUAAAGCUCUCUUUGUCUUUCAAUGUGGUGAACUUUAUGAGAACAGAUUUAUUUUUCAGUUACUUUAGUUGUGCCUUUUAAAAUAAAGUGAAUAUUGAUUUAAUUUAAUUUUUUUUUUUUUCAGUACAAGGAAAACAGCCAAACUUCAUACAAAAGUUUGGACAUAGAACUCUACAAGAAGGAGAAGAUUUAAUUCUGCAUUGCACUAUACAUGGAAAGCCUGAACCACAUGUCUGCUGGACAAAGAAUGAUAUCCAAGUGGUAUCUGGUGAUAUCAGUGUAUGUUCUAAGGUUCUUAAAAUUUUUCUUGGGAGAAAG